UUAUAAAGUUACUACAAGACUGCUUUCUACUGGAAAACCGUUGUGUCUUCUUGACUGACCUUACCUCCCCGAGGCCGUGGUGAUGCUGAUAAUGGCUUUGCUGAAGAAGCCUGGAUGGAGAGCUGGCUGCCAGGCCUGGCUGCCUAACAGGGAUCUCGGGAGGUGGUGAGGUAGAGGUAGAGAUACUUGGUCUAGCCAAGAUCUUCCUUUGUUUGGCCAGCAUAGGAACAGGAUGAGAAUAUAAACGGGCAGGUAAUGCCCAGCAGCCCAAAAGAGGUACCUGUGGUGUCAGUGUAUUUCUGUACUGCACUCAAGUGCUGUUUUGGAGAAAAACUGGAGUGUUAGGCUUCAGUUCCUUUCUUUCUGGGUGCUGGAAUGGUUUGAUUUGUCAUGGUGAUUUGUUCAUUACCCUUGGCAAUCAGCAGUGUGCUUUGUCAUAACUUUAUGGCUUAUUAGGAUGUUUGGUGCAGGUUUCAAUCAAGCCUGCUUAAAAAAAUUACCAUCCAUGUUUAGCUAGUUUUUGAAAAAGCCAACUCUGGUGUUUUUCAAAGCUGGAGGAGAAGGGCUGGAAGCUGUUUGUUGCCAAUCACUGCUGACAGACUUCCUUCCUCAAAGCAGCCCUUAGUCUGCUGCAGUCCCCAGGUGAGCUGCUGCCACCCUUAGGUAAAUUGUUUGGCUCAGUUGCAUAAGAAUUCGCCCAUUUUGGCAUCCAGGAGAACAGGAGACUUUGUGACAUCUUAGCACCACCAUCUCUAUUUUGAAAGCAAGAAGAUGCUGUUACAAAACUGUUCCUGCACAUGCUUUAAUGUUGUUCUAGAGACAGUGUGGGUAAGCAAAGUGUCUACCCUUAUGCCCUGAAAUCCACAAGCCUCCCACUCCAGUCUCAGUGCCUUGGAAUGCUAACACUGAAGGGAAGGGCAGGGUUUGUUUGCUCUUCUGAUCCACACUGUUGUAUCUCAACAUCAACACACUCUUUUGCAGCAGCUAUUUCCCCUUUGGGAGCCAGGCAGGUGACAGGGUCCUGUCCCCCUGGCAGCACAUGCAGACCUGGCAGUGCUGCCUGAAUUUUAAUGUACCACUGCAUUCCUCAGCCCUGGUGAGGGAGAAGCAGCAGGGUGCAUUGCAGUGCUGCUUUUUCUACCAAUUCUGUCAUUCUUUUGAUUAACCUCCUUCUGUGAGGGAGCUUUCAGAUAAAUUAUGACCAGUUCAGUUUCCUGGAGAAUUGCAUUAAGUUCUCUUUUUCACACCCAUGAGGCUCUACCUUGCAGGCCCCUCCAGGGAAGGUGUUCAUGGCUCCUCUUUCCUGAGGAGCAAAGAAGAAACCCUUCUUUUUUUCUCCCUGUAACCCUUCCUGCCUGGCAGGCAGCAAUGAUGAUCACCUUGCUGCAAGUUCUUAUUCUUCCAUAUUGGCUUUAAGAGGGUUUGCAUGAUGCUCUGAAGCUGCUCUUGGCUGUCAGACCAUGGCACUGAGCCAGCCAUGUGAAGCUGGCCAAGCUGCCCUGUCUUUGAGCCAGUGGACCAAUUUCUCUGAUAUCCCCUGGGGUUUGUGUGCAUGUGGAGUUACAAAAGCAAGCUUCUUUCCUCUGUGCCCCAUUGUAUGGCUUCAUUUUCACAGAGGAAGGAGAUUUUUAUAUCUGAAGUAUUCUUCUACCUAUCCCAAGAGAUGCUAAUUAUUCCUUUUAUAAACCUCAUCAGGCUUAUUUUCUUUACUGACAUAAAAUCCAGUAAUGGAAAUUAGACUUGCAGUGUAUCUAAGUCCUGAAGCAGGAGAGAAGCUGCUCUUAGGCUGUGCUGCUGUGGCUCUGAGGGCUCUUAAAAGAUGAGUCCUCCUUCUCUUUCUGCCCCUGACUAGUUUUGCAGUUAUUGCUGGGCUAUUUGUGCUCUAAUUCCUCCAUGUGAAAACGGAGGAGCAUGGAAAGUAUGCUGGAUUUGUAGGACCUGUGGGAAAACACUCUCAAAACACCAAGUUCUGCCAUCACAGUGCUCCACUAAGGGAAAGGAAAUAACUGCUACUCUUAACUAGGAGUGAUGUACUUGCCUGAUUUAAAUGAGUUCUCAAUGUUGUACUUGUGUUGAGUUUGCCCACACUUCACUCAGCUUGUGCUCCCUCUCUGAUCUCCACAGCCUUUCCCACUUGCUCUGAGUCCUGGAACAAGUUGUUUACAGCAGCAAGGCCUAUCUCAAAGUCCUUGACUUGAGUGCAAUCCAUCUCAGCUGCCUGUCAGGGCUUAUUGUGAACAUGCAUCCUCCAAUCAAUCCCAGACAAGAAAGCCUGUCCUGUGUGCCACGUUCUCCUCCCUCUCUCCAGCAGGAAGUGCUGAUUAGCUCUUCCUCCUGCUCCUUCUAGGCAGGUUGCAGGUUCCUGUGCUUCACACACCUCCCAGGCACUGAGAAUGGCUCUGACAAAGCCAAGAUCACCUCAGCAAAUGCCAAAGCACUUUUAUUCAGGAGUCCAUUACAAACUGUAGGAGGCUUUCCAGCACAGCCAAUGCUUUGAAGAAUCUGAGUUCCUUGUGUGAGGAUGGUAAAGCCCUGCAGAGAUCUCUGGGAGGGACAAGAAGCAGAAUUGCCACCUGCAAAAUGAGCAUUUUUCUUGUGUUAAGAACAGAUAUGCACAGGCUUCGUAGCAGGUUUAGAAAAUCCCUCUUGGGUACCAAAAUGAAAUCCCUACCCCUUAUUUUCAUUUUGCCUUCCUUCUUCAUAUCUUUUAAACAGUAUUGGUGGCUUCUUUUAAGAGAUUCUAACUUGAGCCUGAUUCUUUUUGGUGCGUUGGGCUCAUCAGUCUUUGGGGUGCAAAUGUGGAUGUCAGGAACAACACAUUUGCUGCAGAGUGCAGGUCCUAUAGAAUGCCCUCUUGGAAUUGUCUCUUUCCCAAAGCAUCUCCUUGCAGGAAGGAUUUUUGACUGGGCUUUUUCUCUCCGUUUAUUUCUCAGGGCUCUUAUUGCUCCCUGAGAUUGUUUGUGGGGGAAUUGGAGCUGUGAAUAUCAACCAAAUUUACUUUCAAAGGGAAGGUGCUGAUAGAAGAAUUGCCUCUGGUGCUUCUUCCCAGAAGUGUUUAGAGGUAGCAGACUGUCUUCUCCAGCUUGAGACCAUUUCCUUCAACUAGAUGUUAUGGUGAUUUGGGAUAGUGUCCUCUCUGGGAAUGCUGGGAUAUCUCCUGCUUUAAUCCAUUCUUGAGAACUUGAUAGGGCCUGUGGGUGACACCUUUGAAGCUCCAAUUUGUGAUGCUGCAGUUCAUUUCUCUGUGUUAAUUGUCAGCUGUCAGUCACUUACAUGUAUCUGUCAAAACCUUGUUAUAACAGGCUCAUACAGCAGCUACAAAACAAAGGCAGCUGGUGAAGAGAUGCUUCAGAGAGCUGUACACACCUGUGACACAGAGCAUUCCAUUCAGGCUUGUCAGUUUUAUUUACCUGGCAUCAGAAGUAUGAACCAGCCUUUCAAUGAAAGUGGCAAAAUAGAAAUUCUGGUGGCUGGCUGUAUUAUUCUCUGUUCAAUUUUAGUUUCUCUUCUGGGAAUUCACAUAAUCACCUCUUGAGGGUUAUCUGCUUUGAUAGCUUUGUGUAGUGAAUCUGUUCGCCUUUCCUGUUGUUGGAAAAACCUUUCUGGUACUGCUGUACAGCUGUCAGCACAAUAGAGCCACAAGAAUUUAUAUUUUUGUUCCUUAUGGGAGCAAUAACAGUAAUUUAUUUGGAGCUUUUUUUUUUUGUUCACCACUGAAAAAAGGCUCCUGUGCUGGGGUGGAGAAGAGCAGCAUAUUGCACUUCACUCCCAGGGGCACACCCCGACAGAGAGAGGCCAUUGAGAAUUUUCUGUGAUGUACACUCCCUGCAAGACAGACAAGCACCCUACUCCCUGUCCUGUGCAAAUUCAAUAAUGGAGCCACUUUUUUUUCUUGCUGGGAUUUGAAGCUUGGUGUCCUUUCUUAGGCCAGCCUGCUGCAGAAAUGCAGGAUGCCAAGGGAAUGGGGAAAUGCCCACGUUUGCCUGAUUGUGUGAUUACUGUGGGCUCAGCUGCACUCAUUGCUGAUGGAGAGCUCUUGGGGUGGGGUAAGAGGGAAGAGCCCUUUCUGGGUUUGCUGUAGUAAAGAACACAUUUCAGUGUGCUGCAUCUAGAGCUCGUGGCUGUCACCUACAACUCAGCCCAGUUUGGUUUGAACUAGUCAGGAGAGAUUGUCAAUUACUGGGUAUUGCAUCAAAAUUAAUUUCCAUAACGUUGGGAUUAGUUUGUUUUUUCAAGACAAGGGAUUGUAAGAGCACUGCAGGAAAGUGUCUUUACUUGCCUUAUUGGAUAAUCUGGCUGCAGUGGUCAGGUUGUGUGAGCAGGAGUGGCAAGGGUCUCUGUGUAGCCUAGGAAUAGCUCAUUUCCCUGUGGAGCACCCGUCUUUCAGUUUGACUGAUGUUCUCAUUGUAGCUCUGCUCCAAGCACUCCUGUGCAAUCUGUGCUCGGAAGGACCAGUGCUGCUCCUUUGGCCACCAUUUCCUGCAGUUAAGGCUCCUUAGUUGGUGUUUUCUGCCUGGAGGGAGCCCUGGAGUGUGACUUGUGGAAGGAGCACAGAUAACAAGCACCCAUCUGUUCUUCUUUUCCAUCCCUUCGGGAUGUCCGGGUGUCCCUGGUUAGAAUUCUUCUCUGGAUAAGAUAGUGGAGGUGUCACUGCAGGGCAGUCAGGGCAGAAAACAAUAGCAGGUCAAAUCUAAAAAACAAGAUUGAUCAGUGAGUACAUCCCUGCUGUCAGUAAGGGGCAGAGCUGCUCUGGGGAGGUCAAGGCUGGAGCUGUAGCCCACGUCCCUUUGGCUUCUUCCUCUGAUAAACUUCCAGGACAGUAGUCACACUUGGAAUCUUGCAGUCAGAAGCUCCACUGAGAGGAAGGCAGCAAGAGCCACAGCCUGUACAAGGACUUUCAAGCCUCUGUCCCUUGAGUGGUGGCUCUUCCUCGGCUCAGUGGGAUGUUCCAGUUCUUGUUUUUCUUCGUUGUUCAGCUCCAGCCAGUGUCUUCGAUGGCCCUGGACCCCUGCUCCGCCUACAUCAGCCUGAACGAGCCCUGGAGGAACACGGAGCACCGGAUCAACGGCUCUCACGGGCAGCCCACGUGCGACAGCGGCAUCGACGGCGAGUGGUACCGCUUCACGGGCAUGGCCGGCGACGCCAUGCCCACCUUCUGCAUCGCCGAGAACCACUGCGGCACGCACGCUCCCAUCUGGAUGAACGGCAGCCACCCGCGCCAGGCCGACGGCGUCGUGCGGCGCCAGGCCUGCGCCAGCUUCAGCGGCAACUGCUGCCUCUGGAACGCCACCAUCGAGGUCAAGGCCUGCCCCGGGGGGUACUACGUGUACCACCUCACCAAGCCCAGCGUCUGCUUCCACGCCUACUGCGGGCAUUUUUAUGACAUCUGUGAUGUGGUGGAUUGCCAGGGCCCCUGCCUGGACACCAGUGACUGCACGUGUUCCCCGGGUACAACACUAGGACCUGAUGGCCAGACAUGCCUUGAUGAAAAUGAGUGUGAGCACAACAACGGAGGCUGCAGCGAGUUCUGCGUUAACCUGAAGAAUUCCUUCCGCUGCGAGUGCGGGGUCGGGCGCACGCUGGGAAGCGAUGGGAAAACCUGUGAAGAAAUUGAAGGCUGUCACAAUAACAACGGAGGCUGCAGCCACACCUGCAUUGAAGUGGAAGACACCUACCAGUGUGAAUGUCCCAGGGGACUUGUUUUGUCAGAAGACAACCACACUUGCCAAGUUCCAGUGCUGUGCAAGUCCAGCUCUAUUGAGGUGAACAUCCCAAAGGACCUGGUUGGAGGCCUGGACCUUUCCCUCAUCAACACCUCGUGCAAAGGCGUGUCCAACGGCACUCACGUCAACAUCCAUUUCUCCCUGAAGUCCUGUGGUACUGUGGUGGAUGUGAUAAAUGACAAAAUCAUUGCCACCAACCUGGUGACUGGCUUGCCCAAGCAGACCCCGGGCAGCAAUGGGGACAUCAUCGUGCGCACCAGCAAGCUGCUGAUCCCGGUGACGUGCGAGUUCCCGCGCCGCUACACCAUCUCCGAGGGCUACGUGCCCAACCUCAAAAACUCCCCCCUGGAAAUCAUGAGCCGCAACCAGGGCGUCUUCCCCUUCACCCUGGAGAUCUUCAAGGACAAGGACUUUGAUGAGCCCUACAGGGGUGCUCUGCCCACCCUCAAGCUUCGGGACUCGCUGUACUUUGGGAUUGAGCCCUUGGUGCACGUCAGCGGGCUGGAGACGCUGGUGGAGAGCUGCUUUGCCACUCCCACCUCAAAAAUUGACGAGAUCCUGAAGUACUACCUGAUUCAAGAUGGCUGUGUUUCUGAUGAUUCUGUGAAGCAGUACACGUCAAAGGACCAUCUUGCCAAGCAUUUCCAGGUUCCUGUGUUCAAGUUUGUGGGCAAAGACAACAAGGAGGUGUUCCUGCACUGCCGCAUCCUCGUGUGCGGGGCUCUGGACGAGACGUCGCGCUGUGCCCAGGGCUGCCGGAGACGCGCCCGCAGGGCGGCCGAGCAGCGGGAACGGGAGCAGGAGGAGGGAGCUGUUCACAUGGCAGACCACGUCCUGACAGGAGGCCCCAUCAGAAUCGACUUUGAUGAUUGACACCACCCUCUGGAACAGCAUCCCUGGCCUUCCUCAUCGCUGCCUUCUGUUGUGGUUGGGUGAGAAACGAGAGGUAUUUGUUAAGGCCCUGCUUGAACCUCAGGACUCAUUUCCUUAACUCUGUGGUGAUUAUUUGUGAAGAGGCAGCCCUUGGAGUGUGACCUGGACUGCAGUUCAGUUUGGUUUUAUCUGCAUUUCUCCCCAAGAACCCUUCAGCUGAAGGGACUCUGUUUCUUUGCAGGCCGGAAGUGUUACCCAACUUUGCCUUUCCACCCAUCCACUACUGGCCCCAGGACUGUUUGUCCUUGACUAAACAAAUGUUAUCCAAGCCCUUCUUGCAUCAGACAGUACAAAUAGUAUCGUAGCUGUGUGUGUUUGCUGUGCAGCUCUGUGAGUGAUGCUGAAGCUUUCGGGUGACUGUUUAAUAAAAACAUGUAUAAAAUAUAU